GAGCAGAUUAAUAUUAUUCAACUUCCAACAAGCUCGACUAUCUGAGAUCUACUUCAAUGAUAUAAGAGCAGAAGAAGCAGCCGAACAGGCAAGUGGAAGCUACAACUAUGACCAACAAGGUAAGGAUUGGGAAGGAACCUGUCAAGAUGGCUUGCAGCAAUCGCCAAUCGCAUUGAGCAGCAGUCAGGCCAUUGUAACCAGUGCACGGCGUAUAGCUUUUUACAACUAUGACGAGACUCUGCAGUCACCGUUGGUAAUGACAAAUAAUGGACACACAGCGAACAUUGUAUUGCCUCCUACACGCAACGGACAACGUCCUUAUAUCAAUGGAGGAUUAUUGCCAGGCACCUUUGAAGCUCAAAGUGCCCACUUUCAUUGGGGCUCUUCCAGCAGCAAGGGCUCUGAGCAUACCAUUAACGAUAACCGUUACGAUGUUGAAAUACAUAUUGUCCAUAAGAACCUACGCUAUUCCGAUAAAACGGUAGCCGAAGCCAGCGAGUACUGGGAUGGCCUAGCUGUUUUGGGAGUUAUGCUCAGGGCUGUAAACAGAGUGCUCUCGCCGCAUUUGGGGCUAAUUGGGAUCUUUAAUCAAUUGCCUCAGAUUGCUCAAUACGGAUCAAGUACCAAUUUGACUGGCCGCUACUCUGCCCAGCAACUACUGGCCAGCGUUAACACUAACCAUUUUUACUCAUAUAAUGGAUCAUUAACCACACCCGACUGCGCAGAAUCCGUCACUUGGACUGUCUUUGGAGAAGCUGCCAAUCUACCUAGACGACACAUCAGCAAAUUCUGGGACUUACAAGACUCGCGUGAGCAAUCUUUAGUAAACAACUACCGCGCUAUUCAAGAUAUUAAUGAUCGACCCGUCUACUACAUUCCUAAAUAAUUGAAAAAA